AACACCGAGCGCUUUGUUUACUAAAGACUAAAGACUGAAGACUGAAGCUAAAGGAUGAAGGUAACGGCUGAAUCUGAAGGAGAAAGACUGAAGCUGAAACUGAAGUGAUUCUGUGGCUGAACAUGUCGUCGUUGAACAUGUCGUCGUUGAACAUGUCGUCGUUGAACAUGUCGUCGUUGAACAUGUCGUGUGGAGGUGCGGGUUUGCUGGAGCUUCUGUCCGAGCGGCUGAACGCGGCCGCGGAGCAGAUUUACGCGCUGUUCGACAAAUCAAUAAAAGAAUAUGAAGAAGAACUGAGACGAACCAGAGAAGAAAACCUGAAGAACCAACACCUCCUGGACGCGCUCCUCAAACCGCAGGUCCGAGUCCACAGAACAGUUUCGUCAGAUGUUGAAAUCAACAGAGAAAAGGCGACGGAGACACAGACGGAGACACAGACGGAGACACAGACGGAGACACAGACGGAGACACAGACGGAGACCGAGAGCGUCCUGGAGCCCGAAAAAAGAGACGCUCAGAUUCAAACGGUGACGAGCGAAAUCCGAAUCGUCUGCGUGAAAAGGGAGCCCGUUUUUACACAAGAAGAAGAAACGUCAAAACUAAACGCUCCUGAAACGCCAAACCUGAACCUCCGGCCGGACACGAGCGAAACAACGGGCGAAACGACAAGUGAAAUGACGGCUGAAGGGACGAGCGAAGGGACGAGCGAAGAGACGAGCGAAGAGACGAGCUCUAGCGUGAAGAAGCGGCUCCGGUCUCCCGUCCGACGCUCACCGAGGAAGAGCACGGACGCACGGAACGCCGCUCGCCAGGAGAAACGCAAAAGGAAACAAGAAACUGAACCUCGCGUCAAAAAGAGCAAACGACUGCGCCAAAAGACUGACUAUAACGCCGACGCUCCAGCUCCUCACGCUUCCGCUGCCAACGCCAACGCCGACGUCAAAAAUGCAAAAAACUCUAAAGCCCCGGACACUAAUAAAACUAACGGCGUGAUCCAACAUCCUGACACGACCACAGCUCCUCACGCUUUAUCCAGAGACGCUGAAAACACGAACGCCGCAGCUCCCGGUGUGAACGACGCCGCGGGACAAGGCGCUCCGGUGUUUCUGGUCCUGGACCCGGUGGUUUACCACAAAGUGAAGACGGGAUACAGCUGCAGCGUUUGUGACGUCGUGUUCACCACCAGGCUGAACGUGGAGAAGCACAUGUACGUCCACCGAAACUGGAGGAAACCCAACGUGCGCAAGCUGAAGAAAGACCCCAAGAGCCGCCUGUACACGUGUCCCGUCUGCACCCAGAGCUUCAGGUUUAAGAAGUACCUGAAGAAGCACUUGCAAAGCCACGAGCUCAGGCCUUUCAGGUGUUCCUUCUGCGGGAAGGGCUACACGACGUCCUCGGCCCUGCGCGUGCACCGGAGGAUCCACAUGCAGGACACGCUCUUCACCUGCUCGGUUUGCGGGCGGCGUUUCGUGCGCGAGGAAAAGCUCCAGCUCCACCUCGAGCAACGCCACGACAACAAACUUUUCUUUUCGGAAAAUCUGCAGCAGUGCGAGAAACGGCAGCACGGAGAGAAGAACGGAGUGUGAAGAAGAAGACGAGAGCGAUACGAGUUAUUUCUGUGAGACUUUUUAAACUUGAUCUGUUUUAAACUCGCCACAAGGUUCGACUUUAGACUGAAAAAAAAAGAAUCUCCGUUAGAUUGGAGUUGGGCGAUAUAUCGGUUCCAGUAUUGAUAUGUUCUUUGGUAUCGUCCGAUAUUCUGUCCCGAUUUAUUUUCAUUCUCUUUUUGAACAGAUGAACGAGUUUCUUUGUCUGUACGUGACACAAACUUGGACCUAAUUAUUUGAUUAUUUUAUUUCCCAGAUAAAAACCUGUAGUUAGGUUAACAAAAGGGAAAGUAACAAUCUCAGAUUUUUUUUUUUUGGGGCUCAAAAAGGGAAAAAACUAACAAAACACUUUCAGCCCAUCUCUAAUUUAUAUGUAGAAAGUAGGAACUGGACUUGAAAAGGACCAAACCAAGUCCACAUCAGGACUAAACGGCACUUAAAUUGGGACAAAACCAAGACCAAACCAGGAUAAGAGCCUCAGACCCUCCUCAAACCCUUCUCAGAUCCUCCUCAGAUGUUCCUGAAACUCUUCUCAGAUCC